GACGUUAGCUCACUAUGUUUGCUCACAAAACAUUCGUGCUGUUAGCUGUGGUGCUGUUUUCAACGACCAACAAAGUCCGCGGUACAGAACCAGCCAUAGUCAUUAAUGAGAAGAUAUUCAGGUUAUUGUCAGAUAAACUGCUAACCCUGCAGAACAAGCUGUUAGAGAUAGAGUCCGCGGUGAAGCAAACGGAUGAAAAGCUUGCCGGAAUUGUGGGAUCCACCCACAAUUUAGAACUGCUCAUGAUCAAUUCGGCCAUAAUUCUGAACAGUUUCGCGUUUCGAUCGUGCAAGGAGAAUCCCUCGAAGCGAUCGGGCAAGUACAUCAUACAGCCUACCGAGAACGAUGAACCGUUUCUGGGAUAUUGUGAACAGACGGCCUACGGAGGAGGUUGGCUUGUGAUCCACUACCGUUACGAGGGAUCGGUGGACUUUUACCGCAACUGGACCGAGUUUCGGAAUGGGUUCGGUAGCAAGGAUGGGGAGUUCUGGCUCGGCUUCGAGAAGUUGCACCAGAUUACUUCAGCACGAGGGCAUGAGCUGCUGGUGGAGCUGAAAGACUUCGAAGGAAACUACAAGUACGCACGGUACGAUGAGUUCGAGAUCGGCAGUGAGGAGGAGCAUUAUCCGCUGGCGAAGGUCGGAUCGUACACUGGAACGGCAGGGGAUGCAUUGCGCAGACACAAAGCACAAAAUAUUGUUUGGGAUUCCUUCAACCAGAUAAACGAAGGUUGGGCUUACUCUCGUAUGUUGAUUCGUGCAAAGUAACGCUAAAUGAACGACCACCACGAAGUCAGAGCGUUUCAGUUGCUGGAUUAUAAUUGUGCAAUUGGUUGCAAUAAGUGUCUGGUACCUUUAUUCAUCGUCUAAUAAACAAGACAAACGAACAUCGAACUUCGAA